AUGAAGGUCGCAGCCACGCUCGCCGUCCUCUUUGCCUCUGCCGCCGCCGUGCUCGCAAAGGAGCCGCCGACGGAGCUCCAGGUGGGCGUCAAGCACCGCCCUACGGACUGCCCCAUCAAGUCGCAAAACGGCGACCGCCUCAGCAUGCACUACACGGGAACGCUGUGGGACAAGACCAAGUUUGACUCGUCGCUCGACCGCAACCAGCCGUUCGAGUUCACCCUGGGCACCGGCCAGGUCAUCCGCGGCUGGGACCGCGGCCUGACCGACAUGUGCAUCGGCGAGAAGCGCAAGCUCCAGAUCCCCCCCGAGCUCGGGUACGGCUCGCGAGGCGCGGGAGGUGUCAUUCCUCCCAACGCGGCGCUCGUCUUUGACGUCGAGCUCCUCGACAUUCUGGGCCCGCGGGCCGACGCUGCCAAGGCGGCUGCUCGCAAGGACGAGCUCUGA